UAACGCUAUCGGCAGCCAGCAGCAAUGAACGAUCGCGAUUGUCGUCGUGAGUGAGAUCAUGAGGGAAGUGGACACUUCGGAAACAUCCGUCGUAUGGCCUGCAUGGUGUUACUCAGGAGAAACAACAGUUAAUGAAGAUUUACCACAACGACUGGUGGCGGCGGCAGCAGCAGCAGCAGCAGCAACGACGGCUGUUACGCCUUCCCCGAUAGUCCAUCAACGGCAGAAUCAGCGACAGCAACGGGAGCACCAGCGCGCGUCAUCAAAUCAAUCUCGGUCGUCAUCAGCUUCAUCAGCGUCAGUGUCAUCGUCACCGGCAUCUUCACCACACUCGCGCACAUCUCCCUUGGCACGGCUGGAAAGACGGCGGGUAAAACGAAAAUCAAUCACACGUACGUCGCUGUUCAACCAACCACCGGUGACCGGGCUGGCAAGCAGCGCCAUUGCGGCUGCCCUCGAAGCGAGUGCCGUUGCAGUACCUGUUAGCUCUCCCGGUGGACUUUUAGGGCUUUCGGCAAACCGACGGAUUGCUGAGGCGCUGUACGAUGGUCGAUCGAUCGAAGGUGGUAAUGGAGGACUGUUGCUGAGCAACCAACACGAUCGCAGCUCCGACGACGCACAGCACGAAGUAGCCACCGACGAGGAGGAGGAGGAGGAAAACGUGAUAAAACCGAAGAAGAAGAGCGUGAAAAACAAUCGUGUUAGUGUUAUCGAUACGAAACUCCUGCAAAAGUAUCAGCAGCAGCGGCAAACAAAACUCCACACGUUGGACAAGAUGCUUAGCGAACGGAUUUACGAUCGGAAGAAGUAUCUGAACUCUCCCACCGGUAGCAGUGGUGGGGCCGGUACCGUCGGUAGCUCCACGUCUGCCAGUGCGUUCUACGAAAAGUAUCGCAACGGUGCAUCCGGAGACUCCGGCGAGUCUCAACUGAACCUGAUAAAGAAUGGGACAGGCGGCGGUGGUUCCAUCGGUAGUCUGAACGGCGUUAGCUCCAGUGCCCAUCUCAGUGCAAUAGCGGCAAGCAUUAUUAGUAGUAGCAACGGUAGCAAUAAUGGAGGUGGCAUUAGCAAUAGCAGCGACGAAAACGGCACACUGUCGUUACACGGCGGCGCUAACAGCAAUAGUAACCAAAUUAGUAGCAACAAAAACGGCAACAACAAUAAUAACAAUAGUAAUACAAACAACAACAACAUCAGCAGUGGCGGGCUCGGCAUCGCGAAUAGUAGCAACAGCAGCAGCAUCAAGAGCGAGCGGUUCAGUCCUCCCAACAACGAUGCACAGUCGAUGGCGUCGAGGUCGCGAAGUGUGACACCAUCGUCCUUCUCUGGGACGCCACCGCAGACGAUGCACGCGAGCGAUGCCGGCUUCACCAGCAGUCUUUCUACCGGCGGGUUACUUCCGUCCCCGAACUCGUCCUCCGGUGCGGGGAAUUCCGUUGAACGGACCGAAUUUCAGACGCGAAAUUAUUCCGAUUUCAUGCGCAGCCUGGCCGCCAAGUACAACAACAAUAACAACACUAAUGAUGUAUCGAAUAUCAAAAAUUCUUUUCUUGAACCAAAAAUGCGCCUCACUCAGCCAAAAUCGUACAUCGAGCGAUCGUUGAACAGUAAGAAAGGCAGCCCUCUUACCUCCACACAAGUACCUAAUCCAAGUAUUAUGACGUCGUUGUUUUCGGGUCUCCCAUUCCAAUCGGCCGUCUUUCCACCACUGAUCGAUAUGACCAGCACCCAAGCGCUGGUUACGCUGGCCCGAGCUGCAAAAGACUCCGAAGUACACAACAUUCUCAAAGCGGAUACGGGCGGUGGUCUCAAGAAAUCGUCCUCCUUAUCGCGAGGUUCCUCUCCACCACCGGCUACCGCACUUGGCAGUCACCAUUUCCCUUCGCCCUUCGGUACGGGUUACCUGCCGCGGUUACUUCCGAACCAUCACCACCUGGCCAGUUUUCCCUCCCAGUCACCCGCGCUCGCGACCAGCGGCCCGCUGAAGUCUCCUUCGCGAGCGCCCGAAUCGACGGCCCUCGUCUCCACCUUUCCGCUCGACCUGAGCGCCUCGACACCGUCGGGCAGCAAGCGGAUAAAGCUCUCGCCGACCCCUAGUCGUCAUCAGGAAACAUCUCCAGCGCCGAGCUCCACCAACAGCCAACCGUCCGCGGACUCGCUCGAUCUCAAACCGAUCCGGAAGUGUCACGCACGCGUAGAAGAAAUCAGUGCCUGGACGGUGGACAACGUGUGCGACUUUGUUGCCAGUAUCGAUAUCUGCGCCGAGUACGUACAGAACUUUCGUGAUCAGAGCAUCGACGGUGCAGGAUUGCCGCUGCUGACGGAGGAACACCUGACGAACUCGCUCGGCAUGAAGCUCGGCCCGGCAUUGAAGCUGCGAUCGAUGUUGGCCAAAAAAUUGGGUGGUCCCUGUCCGUGUGCGCUGUGCAGCGUUCCCGCUUCAACGCCGCCGGCCCGAACCAACAGCAGUGGCAGCAGUAGCAGCAAAGGCGACACAACUCCCACCAAUCGGCCACCGAGCAACGAGGGGUCGAUUGGUUGAUCGUUCGCUCCCACCCCCGAUCGUACGCGGAUUGGUGGCUUUACUGGCAACAGGCCUUUCCAUUUUCCAUCCAGUUUCCCAGACGUACUUACCUUCACUUUAGGCAGGACACCGUGUGCCGGCCGCUUUUUUUCCAAUCGACAAGCCGGGACAUGUACAAUACUAACGAUUAAGUUGGAUUUAUUUUUUAACAUUCACAUCGAAACCCUUCCCAACUCCAAGCAAACGACACUCUUACGGGGUCCAGUUGGCAUCCCGGGCUCUAACCUUACUGGGACAGAGUUCGAUCGACACAAAGGGGUUAGGGAGAAACAAACAUUCUAUGCACCAAACCGAGAGUAAGUGUUUCCUUCUAAAAUUUUGUAAUUGAAGAAAAAUAUGUGCUAUCACAGCGCGAUAGUGUACAGUGAGGCCCUUCUCAUCAGUGAUCGGUAAAUUCUACGACCAAAGAAACAAUAACAACACAAUGAGAAUGUGUUUCAUUUCACUAGGCUAGACUAGACGACGUCGUCCGGAUAUGCAGAGGAAACAAUUUACGGAAAAAUAAUAAAACAAAUCUCUCAAACACCCGAAGGAAACACUUUCCCCGUGUGCGGUAAAUAGCAUAGCAGGCGAUCAUACUACAGUGAGGGCCUAUCGUGGCCUUGGUGCAAUUAAACUAUUCACAUGUUCACGCAAAACUUUAGAUAAGCGUAGUUGUAAGCAAGAGCAAACACAAUGCGGCGACUCAAUGUUGUUAAUUUCUCGUUAUUUAUUCAGUUAGUUUAUGGACUGUGUAGAGCGGUAAAGCUUGUUGCAGUAGUCAAAUGUGUCCUUUUCUGGCUCGGUCAACCAAGGAUGGAGUUGAACAAAAAACACACACACAGCUAUAAAAGACAGCGCUAGUUUCCCUUUACUUCCGGAAACACUUUUUCCUCAACAAAUACAAUACGUGCGAACGAGAGCUAGGCAGCUGUUCAAUCGACGCGUGACGUGUGUGAAAAAUGAUUUCACUGAUAAAUGAUUUCACUGGAUGUUGCUAUCCCUGUCGAAAGUGUGGGAGGAUAUGAUUUCAUCCUGUCUCCAGGAGCAGAACAGGGCCUAUUGGUUAGUGCAUUAUUUAAAAGUCGUAACAAUAGCAAUAUCAGUAUUUAAAUACAAGCGAACGUUAAACAUAUACAAACACACGAGCGGACAGCACGAACCGCGACGGAAUGUUGUGGGUGUAAGCAGUCGGCAAUGUAUGUAAGAAAUAAAGACAUUACAACGAAAUAAAUUAAUA